UAGCAUGAACCCAUCCAAAAGUACUCGAGUAGCAGAGGUUGCGUCUCCUGACAGGGUCAACGUCGUAGCAGCGGCAGCGACUCAGGCUGAGAAGCAGAAGAUCUACCUACUAGUGUUGGACUUGACAAUUCCUGAGAAGCGGGAACAGGCCUUACUAGAGCUGUCCAAGAGGAGGGAAUCCUUCCCAGACCUAGCCCCUAUAUUGUGGUAUUCUUUCGGCACUGUAGCCGCCCUUUUACAGGAGCUCCUGGCCGUGUACCCCUGCCUGAACCCGCCUAACCUGUCGGCAGCAGUGUCCAAUAGAGCCUGCAAUGCCUUGGCGUUACUGCAGUGUCUGGCCAGCCACCCGGAGACUAGAAAGCCUUUCCUACAGGCCCACAUCCCUCUCUUCUUAUAUCCUUUUUUGAACACCGUCUCGAAGGUUCGUCCAUUCGAAUACCUCCGUUUGACGAGUUUGGGAGUCAUCGGCGCUUUAGUUAAGGUGGAUGAUGAGCAGGUUGUUCAAUUUCUACUUCAAACUGAAAUCAUCCCCCUGUGCCUACGUAUAAUGGAGACGGGAUCAGAGCUGUCUAGGACUGUCGCCACGUUCGUCAUACAGAAGAUACUGCUGGACGACAACGGACUGCAGUACAUCUGUGCUACCGCCGAACGUUUCUACGCUGUCAGCACGGUUCUUGGGAACAUGGUUCAAUCCCUGGCGGAGGCACCCUCAUCUCGUCUCCUGAAGCAUAUUAUACGAUGCUAUCAGCGACUGUCCGAGAACGACCGUGCCAGAGAGGCUCUGAGGCAAUGCUUACCGACGGAGCUUAAGCUUGAUGUGCCUGGUGCUACUACUACUACGAUCGCCAAUUGUCUCAAGGAGGACGUUAUGGCACGGAAGUGGCAGGUUGGUCUGCUGGUCAAUUUGGGAAUGCUCCCUCCUAAUUCACUUCAGGAGCUUGUCAGUGCAGGUGUUCGGCAAUAGACGACACUUUUGCCAUCGGAACCUCAUUUUGGAAUAUUGAUAGUAGUAUUACGCGCUAUUGAGGCGUAAGAGCGGUUGUGAUAUGGACGCAGGACAUUAUGUAUUUACAAUAACCUUUCUGUACAGAGCAGUUAGAGUUGAAGAGGAUAUACAGUUUAUCGUACAUAUGGACCAAAUCUCUGUACUCUGGUGGUUUUCUUCUAC